AUGAAUGGCUGCAGUAUGUGGCGCGGCGCACGACGACCCCUGUCCAACGUGCAUAGGUGUCUGCCCGACGUCUCCUUCUCUGAUGAUUAUUCACAACUCGCCGUGGCAGAUGAUAUUGAGCAGGACGAAGACGAUGUGGAUGCUGCCAUAGGCAACGCAGGAGCGGGUAGCGGGGCAACCACGGUGACGAAUGCUCCACCCGUGAGGCCGAAGCUGGGUGUGGUUAGGAACGUUUGUAUCCGUGAAACAGGGAAGAAAGGCGCGCAAGGUGCCACGGGGCAAAAAGGGUUCAGCCAGCAGUCCGUGCGUCAGCCUGCCGGAAACGAUGACACUGCUUCAGGGCGCGUCGGUGAUGUCAACAGGCUGAGUGGGAGGGGAGCGUAUGUUGAUGGUGCCCCCGAGACCCCAAGGUCCCUGCGCGACUACGGCUGGGAUGCAGCAGAGGAUGAUGGAAUCGGUGACGCUGUGAGGGCGCUUCAGUCACAGGUUGGAGACAUGAAGCGCGCCCUACUGGACUCAAACGAAGCCAUCAAGGCCCUCAAUGCCUUGGUGCAGAAGAGCCUGGACCUGCAGCAGGAGGUGCACUCCACGCUGGCGUCUCUGCAGGCCUCGGGGCUACCCACUGCCCCAGCUGUGCCGAACAAUGGGGGUGGCAGCGGCGCCUGCGGAGGAAGUGGUUCCGGCUCCAACGACACGGAGGAUGCAACACACGCCUCUGAGCUGAAGCGCGCGGUCGCAACUAUCAUGGAGCCAGCGAGACUCUCGUCCCGAUAUGUCGCAGUGUUUCUGAAGUGCAUCACCGAAGGUGAUGGUACUGGUGACAAGGGUCUCAGCAUGUGGCCAGACCUGAAGCUGGUGGUGAAGUGGAGCGCGGCAACAGGCGCUAUCAGGGAGAACCAGAAGGAGAGGCUGCUAUACUGCCUCAACCACUCGUCGGACCACAGCAACACCUGGUCGGCCGUCGCGGCUCGCAUGCGCGGUGGCAUCACCCGCGUGGGCAAGACUGUCCUCUUCCGCUUUUUUGGCAUUCCGCGGCAUGUGGCAGAUAUGCCCAGAGAGGUGCCCUGGAGGGUGGUCACCUGUACGGUGUAUCGCAUUCCCCGCACGGCAUUCGAGGCGUACCCAAUUGCUGGGUACUCGAUGCCUUGGCACUGCAACGAGGACGGCCUGCCCUUCAGCACGGAUGCGUUUGAGAUCUUCAUCGCUGCGGCCUACUGGCGCCUCCUGCAGCGCAAGGUGCUGCGUAUCUACCCGUACACGCUGGCGUUCGCCUUGUAUGGGGCGGAGUACCCUGUUGUGCACCACGAUCGCAACAGGGCUGGACUCCCCACCAAGGACACCCCCAACAUCCACAACACGGAUCGCAUGCGUGCGAUCGUGGUCAACUGGAUGCGGGAUGCCAUCUUUAGCGCGGGCACCCACUUCCGUGUGCUCAUCGCUUUCCCCCCUCCCGUCGAGGUCAGGGCAUUGCCCACAGAGAUUGUCGGGCCUGAGAUGAGCGAUGCUGACGACGAGAUCCCUACUGCUCCUGCUGGGCCUGCACAGGCCUAA